UUGGGAAAAACCCAGGUGGCAUAAUUUGUCAGCAAUCCAAAACUAUCCUAUCCGACCUCGCACGAGAGAUGAACACAUUGAAAAAUGCAAAGCACCCAAAUUCAACAAUAUCCUUCUCCAACACUCUCAGCCAAUUAGUGCCUCAUUUGGACUCAUGGCUCUCCAAGCAUCCUCGUUACUUCCGACCGCUGUCACCAUCCACAAAGGGGGGAAACCCAGUUUUUCUUUUAAGGAUGUGGGUUUCUUUGGAGAUUCAGUGAGUGAUUAUAUCAGAGCUGAAUACAAGUCUUCUCUGGUUUUAAGAAAUAAGGCUCUACAAGUUAGACCCAUUAGAGCACAGACGGCAACAGCAAGUCCUGACAUUGAGCAAGCUUCACCAGAAGAAAAGAAGACUUUGAGGAAAGGCACUGUAAUAAUUACCGGAGCAUCCUCUGGACUGGGUCUAGCCACAGCCAAAGCACUUGCGGAUACGGGGAAAUGGCACGUAAUUAUGGCGUGUAGGAAUUUCCUAAAGGCGGAAAAGGCCGCUAAAUCAGUUGCCAUAGACAAGGAGAAUUACACCGUUAUGCAUCUCGAUCUUGCUUCUCUUGACAGUGUGCGGCAGUUUGCAGACAACUUCCGCCAAUCGGGCAGGCCACUCGAUGUGUUGGUUUGCAAUGCUGCUGUAUACUUGCCCACUGCAAAGGAGCCAUCUUACACUGCUGAAGGAUUCGAACUCAGCGUGGGGACUAACCACCUCGGUCACUUCCUCCUGGCACGGCUGCUUCUUGAUGACUUGAAAAAAUCAGAUUACUCAUUUAAGCGUCUCAUCAUUGUUGGCUCCAUUACAGGAAACACAAACACCUUGGCCGGAAAUGUGCCACCAAAGGCCAACCUUGGCGACUUAAGAGGUCUUGCUGGAGGCUUGAAUCGGAUAAACAACUCAGUAAUGAUAGACGGGGGAGAAUUCGACGGUGCAAAAGCCUACAAAGACAGCAAAGUGUGCAAUAUGCUCGCUAUGCAAGAGUUUCAUAGGCGUUACCAUGAAGAAACCGGAGUCACGUUCGCCUCUCUCUAUCCGGGUUGCAUUGCUACAACAGGAUUAUUCAGGGAGCACAUACCAUUGUUCAGGCUUCUAUUCCCUCCGUUCCAGAAGUACAUCACCAAAGGCUAUGUUUCUGAAGAAGAAGCCGGAAAAAGACUCGCGCAGGUCGUAAGCGAUCCAAGCCUAGAAAAAUCAGGAGUGUAUUGGAGCUGGAACAAGAACUCUUCCUCAUUCGAAAACCAGCUAUCCAAAGAAGCCAGUGAUGCAGAGAAGGCACGAAGGUUAUGGGAGAUCAGUGAGAAGCUCGUUGGAUUGGCUUAGACAAGUCUUGCAUAACGCAGAUGGUUUCCUUGCGCACUGUCUUCUUAAAGAAUUCGUACAUUUCAAGUGCAGAAUCCAACAAGGAGGAAAAUAAAAUAAAUUAAAAUCUCUUGUAAAUGUAGAAGGUUGAGUUAUACAAGGUAGUAGUACACUAUCCUUUUGUGCCAAUAUUUGAGGGUAGAACUUUAGUGCGUUUAAAUUAGUGAUUCUUGAUUUUAAUAUUUAAAAUUUUAAUUUUUUGUUAGAAGAAAAUACUGUAGAAGAAUUAAAAUUAUGAAU